AUGAAUACCUUAAGCUGGAACUGUCGGGGGUUGGGGAACCCCCGGUCAGUUCGAGCAUUGCGCGAUAUGGUGCAACGAUGGUGCCCCAAAUUGGUAUUCUUAAUGGAGACGAAAGCUGGAAUAAGUAGGAUAAGGAGAAUAAUGGUGAAGACAGGCUUAUUAAAUGGAGUAAUUGUUCCUAGCAAGGGAAGAAGUGGUGGAAUAGCCAUGUUAUGGGAAAGGGAUCUAUCUGUGGAGCUUAAAAGCUAUACUAGGUAUCAUAUAGAUGCAGUAGUGACUGAUCCUACAUCUGGUUUCAAAUGGAGAAUCACGGGAUUCUAUGGCAACCCGGAUACAAAUCGGAGGAAGGAGUCUUGGGAGUUACUACAUUUUCUAAAUGCUCAAUUUCAGAUACCAUGGGUUUGUUUGGAGGAUUUUAAUGAAAUAUUAUCAAAUUCUGAGAAAUGGGGAGGUCCAGAAAGACCCCAACAGCAGAUGGAAGGCUUUAGAAGAGUAGUAAAUGGUUGUGGCUUUAUAGACCUUGGAUAUGAGGGCCCAGAGUUCACUUGGUGUAACCAAAGGUCAGCUGGGGAAAGAAUUCGAUUAAGACUUGAUAGGGUGCUGGCUACAAUAGAUUGGAAAGAUCAUUCCAAAGAUACUAGGGUCCUCCAUGUGGUGGAUUCAACUUCAGAUCACUGUGCUCUGGUUCUAACUAACAAAAGAAAUAUCCAAGGAAGGGGAAAGAGGAGAUUCCAUUUUGAGGCAGCAUGGGUUAGACACGAUAAAUGCAAGGAGAUAAUUCAAGAUGCUUGGAAGUUUCAUUCAGGGUUUCAAACGACCAGUGAUUUUGCCGAGGGUCUGAGAGUGUGUGUUGAGGGCUUAACAAGAUGGAAUAAUUCAGACUUUAGGCAUGAUGCUAGAAUGAUAAAGGAGAAGAGAAAGCAACUACAAGUUCUAAUCCAAGCUGACAGGGAUGGAAGUAGGGGAGAAGAAAUUAAUGCAAUAAGGAAGGAAAUAAAUGAAAUGUUAGAUGAUGAAGAAGUCAAGUGGAAUCAAAGAUCCAGAAUCCAAUGGCUGACCCUUGGUGACAGAAACACAAAAUAUUUUCACUACAAAGCAUCUCAGAGAAGGAAGAAGAAUGAAAUCCGGGGCUUGCUGGAUGGAGAAGGGAAUUGA